AAUAAAAAAAGAAAAAAAGAAAAAAAAAACAUACACAUACACGCACAAACAAACCACUACUCAAGAGGCAGAGCUGAAGGCAGCGGUGACCCCUUUGCUUGUGUCCAUCUUAUUCCUCCUCAUCAGGCUCAAGGGGUCGCCUCUUUUCUUUUUUCUCUUUUACCUAUCUCUAGAAAACAAACAAGUUCUCUCUCUCUCUCUCUUAUUCUCAAACAUGUCGGAAAUGGCGAACACAGAUCCCGAGGGAAUCGACGCAGUUCGGAUGAGUUGGAACGUGUGGCCACGAACGAAGGUUGAAGCGAGCAAGUGCGUGAUCCCACUCGCUGCCUCCAUUUCUCCGAUCCGUCCUCACCCUGACAUCCCCACGCUCCCCUACGCUCCGCUUCGCUGCAAAACCUGUGCCUCAGUUCUCAACCCUUACGCUCGCGUCGACUUCGCCGCCAAGAUCUGGAUCUGCCCUUUCUGUUACCAGCGCAACCAUUUCCCUCCUCACUAUUCCAUGAUCUCCGAUACCAAUCUCCCCGGCGAACUCUACGCUCAAUACACCACCGUGCAAUACACUCUCCCUCUUUCUCCCCAUAACCCUAACCCUAACCCUAAUUUCAACGAUCCUUCUAUGGCUCCUCCGCCACCGGUUUUCGUUUUCGUUCUCGAUACUUGCAUGAUCGAGGAGGAGAUGGGCUAUGUCAAAUCGUCUUUGAGGCGUGCGAUCGGCUUGUUGCCCGAGAACGCCCUUGUUGGGUUCGUUUCAUUUGGGACUCAGGUUCAGGUUCAUGAAUUGGGGUUCUCCGAUAUGUCUAAGGUUUAUGUCUUCCGUGGGAGCAAGGAUGUUACAAAGGAUCAGAUUUUGGAACAAUUGGGACUCGGCAGCAGCGGCGGCGUUUCCGCAAGGCGAUCCGUUGGUGGCAUUGGAGCAGGAGCAGCAGGGUACCAGAAGGGAGGAAUUCCCAUUGGAUUUCCCGGUUCUGGCGUUACGCGGUUUUUAUUGCCCGCUUCGGAUUGCGAGUACACUCUCAAUGCUCUGCUGGAUGAGCUACAAACGGAUCAAUGGCCUGUUCCACCGGGGACUCGGGCUUCACGGUGCACGGGAGUGGCUUUAAAUGUUGCCGCAGGGUUGCUUGGAGCUUGUUCCACCGGCACUGGUGCUCGAAUUAUAGCUCUAGUUGGUGGUCCUUGCACGGAAGGACCUGGCACGAUUGUGUCGAAAGAUCAAUCAGAGCCAGUGCGAUCACAUAAAGAUCUCGAUAAGGAUGCGGCACCGUAUUUUAAUAAAGCGGUCAAAUUUUAUGAAAAUCUUGCAAAUCAACUGGUCAGCCAGGGUCACGUUUUGGACCUCUUUGCAUCUGCACUUGAUCAGGUUGGGGUUGCGGAAAUGAAAGUGGCAGUUGAAAAAACUGGUGGCCUUGUUGUUCUGGCUGAAAGUUUUGGUCAUUCUGUAUUUAAAGACUCUUUCAAGCGUGUAUUUGAAGAGGGAGAGCAGUCUCUUGGCCUUUGUUUUAAUGGCACACUCGAGAUCAACUGUUCAAAGGACAUCAAAAUACAGGGUAUAAUUGGACCUUGCACAUCUUUGGAAAAGAAAGGACCUGCUGUUGCUGAUACUACCAUUGGGGAAGGAGGUACAACAGCAUGGAAAUUAUGCGGUCUUGAUAAGAGUACUUGCUUGACGGUGUUUUUUGAUCUCUCAUCAAGUGAUCGAUCAAAUACUCCAGGAACUGUAAAUCCACAGUUGUACUUACAGUUCCUUACAAGUUAUCAAAACCCUGAGGGUCAAUUAAUGCUUCGAGUUACAACCAUUAGUAGAACAUGGAUAGAUAGUGCUGUUAGCUCAGAGGAAUUGGUACAAGGAUUUGACCAAGAGACGGCUGCUGUGGUAAUGGCAAGAUUGACUUCCCUGAAAAUGGAAAUAGAGGAAGGGUUUGAUGCUACACGGUGGUUGGAUCGGUCUCUUAUUCGUCUCUGUUCUAAAUUUGGUGACUACCGGAAGGAUGAUCCAGCAUCUUUUCAAUUAAACCCAUCAUUUUCACUGUUCCCUCAGUUUAUGUUUAAUCUGCGACGAUCACAAUUUGUACAGGUUUUUAACAACAGUCCAGAUGAGACUGCCUAUUUCCGCAUGCUGUUAAACCGGGAAAAUAUUGCCAAUGCUGCUGUUAUGAUUCAACCGUCAUUAAUAUCAUAUUCAUUCAAUUCGCUGCCUGCACCAGCAUUGUUGGAUGUGGCUUCCAUUGCUGCUGACCGUAUUCUAUUGCUGGAUUCUUAUUUUAGUGUUGUCAUUUUCCAUGGAAUGCAAAUAGCUCAGUGGCGUAAUGCAGGAUACCAUAAUCAACCAGAACACAUGGCAUUUGCGCAGCUAUUGCAAGCUCCUGGUGAUGAUGCCCAAAUGAUCAUUCGGGAACGUUUCCCUGUACCUAGAUUGGUGGUUUGUGAUCAGCAUGGUUCCCAGGCUAGAUUUUUAUUGGCGAAGUUGAACCCAUCAGCUACAUACAAUAAUGCUCAUGAGAUGGCAGCUGGGUCGGAUGUGAUCUUCACAGAUGAUGUGAGUCUUCAAGUCUUCUUCGAGCAUCUUCAGAGGCUGGCUGUGCAAUCUUGAGAGCAGAAAAGGGUUGAGAUUUAUACAGUAUUCUAUGGGUUUUUGUUGUAAGGGGAACUCCCUGUCCUGUAUCCUCCUGUUCCAUUUGGUUUUUUUUUUUUUUUUUUUUUUUACCUUUCUUUCCAUAGAUUUUAAAGAUGAGAGAUCAGACCCCACAUUAUUUGAAAUAAGAAAGCCAAUGGUAUUCUUUGGGGUUCUGGGGAGGUGUUGCUUCCUUGAAAGAAUAAGGGACAGAUGUGAGUUGAGUUUUGAGUUAUACGGAAAGAAAGGUAUAAUCAGAGUGUAACUUAAGAGGUUGUUCAGUAGUGUAGCCAGUUAGGAAGAUACUUAUAUCAAAUGAUAUUCUUUUCCUCUCC